AUGAAGUGGUUGAUGCUGAUAUUGGCUUGCUUCCAGCUGUCAGAGGGAAUAGUGAAAGUCCCUCUGACAAAGGGCAAGUCUAUUCGGGAGGUGAUGAAAGAGAAAGGUGUGCUGGAAGAUUAUCUGAAACAUCAUAAUCUUGAUCCAGCCAGGAGAUACCACUUCAAUGAGUACAAUGUUGCUUAUGAACCAAUGGCAUACAUGGAUGCAUCAUACUAUGGACAAAUCAGCAUUGGAACCCCACCUCAGAACUUCCUGGUAUUGUUUGACACUGGGUCUUCCAAUCUUUGGGUUCCUUCUGUCUAUUGCAACACCCAGGCUUGCACUAGCCAUGCCAGAUUCAAUCCCAGCCAGUCUUCAACCUACUCUACCAAUGGGCAGACCUUCUUCCUGCAAUAUGGCAGUGGCAACCUUGCAGGAUUUUUUGGCUAUGACACUUUGAGACUGCAGAACAUUGUCGUCACUAACCAAGAGUUUGGUCUGAGUAAAAAUGAGCCUGGUGCCAACUUCAUUUAUGCUGAGUUUGAUGGCAUUCUGGGUAUGGCCUACCCAUCUCUAGCAGUUGGGGGUGCUACUACUGCUUUAGAGAAGAUGUUACAGGAAAACUUGCUAUCACAGCCAGUUUUCAGCUUCUAUCUGAGUCGCCAACCAAACUCUCAAUAUGGUGGUGAGGUUGUGUUUGGAGGUGUGGACACUCGUCUUUACUCUGGACAGAUCUAUUGGGCUCCAGUCACCCAGGAACUUUAUUGGCAGAUUGGAAUUCAGGAGUUUUCUAUUGGAGGACAAGCUACUGGAUGGUGCAGUCAAGGCUGCCAGGCUAUUGUGGACACUGGGACUUCCCUCCUCACUGUUCCCCAGCAGUACAUGAACAAUUUCUUGAAUGCUGUGGGUGCUCAACAGAAUCAGUAUGGACAGUAUGCAGUUAAUUGCAACAAUGUUCAGAAUCUUCCUACCAUCUCCUUCACCAUCAAUGGAGUUUCAUUCCCUCUGCCUCCCUCUGCUUACAUUCUCAACAACAAUGGCUACUGCACAGUUGGGAUUGAGCCCACGUAUCUGCCCUCCCAAAAUGGACAGCCUCUUUGGAUCCUUGGAGAUGUCUUUCUCAGAGAGUACUAUUCUGUCUAUGACAUGGGCAACAACAGGGUUGGCUUUGCUACUGCUGCCUAGGCCUGGCUGUUUGUUUUUCUGAACUGGAAAGGAUUCUUUAAAAUAUGUUUGGUCUCUUCUGUUACAACGUCUUCCCUUUAAAGUCCUUACAGAGAAGGAAAGGGUUGUUUAAAUUCCACCUACACCUCUAUUAAUAGGUUCUUUCUUUUCUUUUAAACUUGUAUUGGACAAUUCCUUUUGACUUCUCUGUACUCUGGGAGCCAUGAUUUUCUUCUUUACUUGAAUCACUGGCUGGUACUCUGAUCAUAUUUGUGGCAGACUGGA